CGAGCUCGCCAAACAAGCUAACGUUACUCAUUUCAGAUUAACGCUACUGGUUCGAUUUCUCACGGUCGUCUCGGAGACAGGCACCGUGACGUCUUAUUUCGAGCGCCCACCUUUCACUGGAAUCACUUUCAAUGAAGCCCGAUUGUCACUAAAAACCCAGCGGGGUGCCUGGGGUCGGCACGCACUGACAUGACACGAAACGUGGGUUCCGUUUCUCGGGAAAACAAUUUUGUCUCCGAAUACAAGCAAUUCUGACUAAAACUAUUCAGGGAAAAUGGUAUCAUACGGGUAUGUUGGUCAUUUCUCUGUAAUAUAGUCGCUUUGGUUUAUCGAACAAGCUUGUCUGUGCGUUGUUUGGCAUAGUUACGCGCCGAUUCCUCUCAAAAUGAUGAAUAGUGUUUCAUGUCAAGAAGUUCAUUUACGCGACAUGUGAAUGUUUCUCAAUAACAUAGAGCAUAGCCGUCAUUGUCAUAUCGCUCAGCAUCAAUGACAUGCUCUAGUCUACACAACGCGAUAUGUGCUGUGUAAACCUUGUGUAUUACGCAAUUUUGAACAGCAUUUAGUGACAAGACCAACAGCGCGAUGCAGAUUUCAAAGCAAAUAUGCAGCAUUCACAUUUGGGACAUGCGAUGCGCAGGAAAGAUCUUCGCUCGGCGCGUUCUCUCGUGCUCAAAUGCAAACGUUUCACGCUGUCGGUAAUUACGGGUAAGUGGGAAAAACUCGGGAGACGCGUGUGUUAGAAAUGAUGAUGGACGCAACAUCUUAACGCUCUGUUCGCCACGCCGCGCAAGCACUGAUCUGAAGAAUCAUAGAAAUGAACGAUGAUGGAAGCGGACAACGCGGAGAGCUGGGGUUCUUUCUCGGAAAACGGAAGCAUACGUUUUAACGUCUCGGAUCUGGGUUUCCGAAACGCGUCGUCCCCGGUGGGUCUGUGGGGUGAUGCUCAAGAUAAAGAGGUGAAACGACUGGAGGAGAUUCUCCACGCGCAGGAGAGAGCAUACAGAGAUUUCACCAUCACCAUUCAAGUUUUCAUUCUGAUCGGCUCCCUUUUAGGCAAUGCUGCAGUGCUGUGGUGCACCUAUUACACCAACGUAUUCAAGUCCGUCACAAACCUCUUCAUCAAAAACCUGGCCUGCUCUGGCAUAUGUGCGGGGUUGGUGUGCAUCCCCUUUGACAUAGCUGUGAGUGCCAUGAGCCCCCUGUGCUGUCUGUGGGUCCACACGCUCCUAUUCUGCAAAGCUGUAAAAUUCCUACACAGGCUUUUAUGCUCGGUCACUGUGCUGAACUUCGCUGUCAUCGCCCUGGACAGGUACUACUCUGUUUUAUAUCCGCUGGAGAGAAAGAUAUCAAAUGCCAAAUCCAUGAAUUUGGUAAUCUACAUCUGGGCGCAUGCAGUAGUUGCCAGUGUCCCUGUAUUUGCCAUCAGCAACGUGGCUGAUAUCUAUGCCACCUCUUCUUGCUCCGACAGCCAGUCGCUGGGACAUCUGAUUUACAUGGUUACUUACAACAUCACAACACUUAUUUUACCACUAGCAGUGGUGUUUAUAGCCAUGGUCUUAAUCCGACGGGCACUAAGCACCAGCCAGAAGAAGAAAGUUAUCAUAGCUGCGUUGCGGACCCCUCAAAACAGCAUUUCUAUCCCGUAUGUGUCUCAGCGCGAGGCUGAACUCCACGUCACUCUGUUGUCCAUCGUGCUUGUAUUUGUACUCUGUAGCGCCCCCUAUGCUGCCCUGGUGGUAUAUCGUGCAGUUCUCGGGGCCGCAAAAACCUCAUCUUGGUUACAGUUAACCGCUCUAUGGCUGCCAAAGGUCUCUCUCCUCACCAACCCACUGUUUCUCCUCACUGUAAACCGCUCAGUGCGCCGCUGUCUUCUCGACAUGAUGGCAAGCCUCCAGCGUCGCUACAGCCGAAGGAACAUGGUCAGCUCCGGGGGGCUGGGAGAAGUCGGGGUGCUGGGGGGUGAGACCGUCGCUCGCUCAGGUAGUCAGCUACUGGAGAUGUUCAACAUCGGCCAACAGCAGAUCUUCAGGCCGAAUGAGGACGAAGAAGAUGAGAAUGAAAUCUCAUCAGUGGCCAACUUUCAGCCCAAAGAUGAAGUACAGACCGCAACCGGCAGGGCAGGAGGGGCGCUGGGAGAGUUACGUAAACAGCAGUCCGUGGAUGGGGUUCGAGAGGAGGGUUUGACGUUACCAAAACAUUCCCCUGUUCAGUCUUGUGCCUACUCCUCUUCCCAAGUCGCUCCUGCGACGCCCACAGACCCGGACGAUACAACCCAGUUUGGUUUUGGCCCGUUUGAGCUGCCGCCACAGUGGCUGCCUGAAACCAGGAACAGUAAGAAAAGAUUACUGCCCCCGUUGGGGAAUACACCGGAGGAGCUGAUCCAGACCAAGCAGCCCAGAGUGAGACCUGAAAGACGCAUUAGUAGAAACAAUAAAGUUAGUACCUUUCCUAAUGUAGACGCAUGAAAAGUACAUGAUUAAACAUUUUUUGGGACCAAAUCGUGAAAAGCCGAGAAGAAACACAGCCUCUGUUUUAUACUUGAAGAGAACAUUUUUAGUAUUUUUGGGUACAGAGAAACAGUAGGAUUUUUUUCUUGCUUUCAUCUGUUUGGGUUUAUUAAUAGACUGCCAAACAAUUUAACUGACAGAUUAUCAGCCCUGCACAGGAAAUGCUAGAAACAACCACACAGUAGGCAUGAAUUAUAACAUUUAAUAUUGCAAUGGUGAAUAAAAUUAAUCCCCAGGC